GGAUGCUCGAGUAUGCAUCCCGCAGCGCGAACCAAACCUCGGGAGACCUACCCUUCAGCGGACACGCGGGACGUAUCCGCGCUAUCGAGUACUCGCCAGACAACAGGUUUCUCGCAACAGCAGGUGAAGAUGCCACAGUACGCCUCUGGAACCCCGAUACCGGGAAGUUGAUUCGAUUCGGCGACGUUCUACAUGGCCCGCUUCUUGGACACGUAGACGUCAUAUCCAGCACCUGCUUCUCCUGGGACGGACAGUUGGUUCUUGACGGUUCUCACGCAAAAACGCUUUGCGUGUGGGAUAGCUCGACAGGAGAUCUCCGCUUACGACCUUUCAAAGGACAUUCGGGAAGUGUCACUUGCAUCGAGUACUCGCCCGACAAUCGAUUUCUCGCUACAGGCGGCGAUGAUGGCACCAUACAGCUCUGGAACCUGCGGACCGGCGAGCAAACCCAACUGAUGACCCCUAAUUACGCAGUCCGGACGCUCUCAAUCUGUCGUUUCAGCCGACAUAUGGUUGCUGGAAGUUUGCCAGAUGGAGGUUUUCAGAUCUGGGACACAGCGACAGGGGCCACUAUACAGGGCCCGCUUCGGGGGCCUAUCGACAUGACUUUUAGCAUAUGCUUUUCAUCAGACGCGAGUUGGGCGAUCGACAGCGCAGAGAGCAGAACCAUCUGUGUGUGGGAUACAUCUAGUGGAGCGCUAGUUACAGGACCUCUAAGGCACGACAGGUUACAAGGAGGCAUUCGGGCGGUCGCGUGCUCACCGCUGAAGGAUCGCAUUGCAUGCCUAUCAGACAAAGAUGAGGUGGUUGUCUGGGACGCAAAGACGAAUGAAGUGGUCCUUUCAUCUGCAAGUUUAUUUUCUACUCUAUAUGCAUGUGAUCACCAACUAAUAUUCAAUUUUACGUUAUCUAGUGGCAAGAUCCCAUUCAGGAGACACGACCUAGCCUGCUUUACCACUCGAACCAUGUUAUGA